AUGUCGCAGACGGCCAUGUCCGAGACCUACGAUUUUUUGUUUAAAUUCUUGGUUAUUGGAAAUGCCGGAACUGGCAAGUCUUGCUUGCUUCAUCAGUUUAUUGAAAAAAAAUUCAAAGAUGACUCAAAUCAUACAAUAGGAGUGGAAUUUGGUUCCAAGAUAAUAAAUGUUGGUGGUAAAUAUGUAAAGUUACAGAUAUGGGACACAGCAGGCCAAGAACGAUUCAGGUCUGUGACGAGAAGCUACUACAGAGGUGCAGCGGGAGCACUGCUUGUCUACGACAUCACCAGCCGAGAAACCUACAAUGCGCUUACUAAUUGGUUAACAGAUGCCCGAAUGCUCGCGAGCCAGAACAUUGUCAUCAUCCUCUGUGGGAACAAGAAGGACUUGGACACUGAUCGGGAAGUCACUUUCCUGGAGGCCUCCCGAUUUGCUCAGGAAAAUGAGCUGAUGUUUCUGGAGACAAGUGCACUAACAGGGGAGAACGUGGAAGAGGCCUUUGUACAGUGUGCAAGGAAAAUACUCAACAAAAUUGAGUCAGGUGAGCUGGACCCAGAAAGAAUGGGCUCGGGUAUCCAGUACGGAGAUGCGGCCUUGAGACAGCUGCGGUCCCCACGCCGUGCACAGGCCCCGAGUGCACAGGAGUGUGGCUGCUGA